AUGCCGUACAACAUCGCCAUGGUCAGCGACAACUUCUAUCCCCAGCCCGGAGGAGUGGAGAGUCACAUGUACCAACUCUCAAGCAAACUCAUCGACCGCGGACAUAAAGUCAUAGUCAUUACACACGCCUAUGCCGGCCGAAAGGGCGUACGCUACCUGACCAAUGGGCUCAAGGUCUACUACGUUCCCUUCUUGGUCAUCUACCGCGAAACGACCUUUCCCACCGUCUUCUCCUUCUUCCCUAUCUUCCGCAACAUUGUCAUCCGCGAGCGCAUUGAGAUUGUCCAUGGGCACGCCAGUCUCAGCAGCCUGUGUCACGAGGCCAUCCUGCAUGCACGUACAAUGGGAUUGAGAACCGUCUUUACAGAUCACAGUCUGUUUGGCUUUGCAGAUGCUGGGAGUAUUCUCACCAACAAGCUGCUCAAGUUCACUCUGAGCGACGUUGAUCAUGUCAUCUGUGUCAGCCAUACUUGUAAGGAGAACACUGUCCUCAGAGCCUCACUAGACCCUCUCAUGGUUUCGGUAAUCCCCAACGCAGUCGUCGCUGAGAACUUCCGCCCUCUUUCGCAUAACUCGCAAGAUACAGUGCAGCACAGGGCGCCCGGGCCUCGGCAGCCCAUGGAUCCAGACGAAAUCAUUACCGUGAUUGUCAUCCAGCGACUCUACUACAACAAAGGCACCGACUUGUUAGUAGCCGCCAUCCCUCAUAUCAUUGCAGCAAACCCAAAUGUCCGUUUCAUAAUUGCUGGUAAUGGGCCAAAGGCCAUUGAUCUCGAGCAGAUGAUUGAGCGGAAUGUUCUACAGGACAAAGUUCUCAUGAUUGGCCCUGUCCGUCACGAGGAAGUCCGCGACGUCAUGGUACGCGGCCACAUCUACCUCUGUCCAUCUUUGACCGAGGCGUUUGGUACGGUCAUUGUAGAAGCCGCAUCCUGCGGUCUCUAUGUCGUAGCCACAAGAGUCGGUGGUAUCCCUGAAGUUUUGCCCACGCACAUGGUAGAAUUCGCAGCGCCAGAAGAGGAUGAGCUUGUCGAAGCGACUGGACGUGCGAUCGCCAAAUUACGGGCUGGAAAAGUCAGGACGGAGCUGUUCCACAAUCAGGUCAAGCAAAUGUACUCUUGGACCGACAUUGCCCAACGAACAGAAAGGGUAUACGACGGCAUCAGUGGCGUCAUCAGCCACAGCGAAUUCUACCAGGGCGCUGGAGCAGCUGGAGCAUGGAGUGCCACCAGAGGUCGAGCUGGAGUGCAAAGCUUUGCACUCAUCGAGCGCUUAAAGAGAUAUUUCGGGUGCGGAAUCUGGGCUGGCAAGCUCUUCUGCAUUUGUGUCAUUGUCGACUAUCUAAUUUUCCUCGUGUUGGAAACUUUUGCACCCAGGUCAAGAAUCGAUAUCUGCAAGGAUUGGCCCAAGAAGCCGAUUCAGCCAAAACCAGAGCUCAGCAGGCGAUACGGGGAUAACACGGACGAGGAAACAGGAAUAAUGAGAAAAAGGAGCACCAGGUAUCGCAAGCAGAAAAGAGAUGUGCUGGAAGAUAGUUGA